ACUACUGGUCGGUGUGAACCAGAUAGUACAAUGACUUUGUAUCUUGCCUGGCUGCCAUGGCUAGUCGCCUCCCUCUUCGCCAUCUACCUGCUCGACCUCUUCGCCCACGCACGCCGCCGCCUCCCUCCAGGCCCCACUCCCCUGCCACUCAUCGGCAGCCUCCACCUCCUGGGCGACCAGCCGCACCGCUCCCUCGCCCGUCUCGCCGGGACCUACGGCCCGCUCAUGUCCCUCCGCUUGGGUGCGGUCACCACGGUGGUCGCCUCCUCCCCGGACGCCGCCCGCGAGAUCCUGCAGAAGCAUGACGCCGUCUUCGCCACCCGCUUAGUAAACGACGCCGUGGGCGACCAUGCGAGGAACUCCGUCUCCUGGCUUCCCCACGCGCCACGGUGGCGCUCGCUGCGGAAGACCAUGGCCACGGAGCUCUUUGCGCCGCACCGGCUUGACGCGCUCCAGGGCCUCCGGAGCGACAAGGCGCGGGAGCUCGCUGCCCACGUCGCCCGGCUUGCAAGCGACGGUGUCGAGAUUGACGUCGGCCGCGUGGCGUUCACGACGAUCCUGAACCUCCUAUCCGGCACCAUCUUCUCGAGGGACCUCACGAGCCUGGACGACCACGGCGGGUCCAAGGAGUUCCAGGUGCUGGUGGCCGAGAUCAUGGAGGCCGCGGGUUCUCCGAACGUGUCGGACUUCUUCCCGGCGCUCGCGCGUGCCGACCUGCAGGGGCUGCGCCGGCAGAUGGCAAGGAUGUUCGCGCGGCUGCACGCGGUGUUCGACGCAGAGGUGGACCGGAGGCAGCGGAGGCGUGAGGACGGCGAUCCCGGGAAGGAGAGCGAGGACUUCCUCGACGUGCUGCUCGAAGUCGCGGCGCGUGACGGUGCCAAGGCCGGCCUCGACCGCGACACGCUGAGAUCGCUGUUCACGCGCGUGGUAGACGUGAUGUAA